GCUUGGACAGAGGUGUGCGUGACUCCUUUUGGGACUGGGUGAUCGGGCCCUGACUUUAUUAUGUGCCAUGCUGUCCCCUCCGGCUGUGGUUCUGCACCCCUACAGCCUACCCGUCUACCCACCGGCACCCCAAUGUUACUCCGGGCUGGUUCAGGGUAGCCCGGAUGCCGCGGUGCCGCCCGCUGAUGCCAUGACACAGACGUUCCCAGCCCAGUACCCUCCGCCCCCUCCCCAGGCUCGGCUGCCUCCACAGUACCACCUCCACAGCGCCCCUUCAGAGUACCCAUCUCCAACCGCACCGGAUCAUGGCCUGCGUCUCUACCCUGAACAAGGAACCGCUGCCCCGGAACCGUUGCCCCCACCCCCUGCGCAGCCAGAAGAAGUCCCCGUGCCGGAGCUCUCCCCUGAGGCGGAGGAUGCCGAGAGCGGAGAGAACAAAUCCCAACCCAAACGCCUCCACGUCUCCAACAUCCCCUUCCGUUUCCGCGAUCCGGACCUGCGGCAGAUGUUCGGGCAAUUUGGGAAGAUCCUGGAUGUGGAGAUCAUCUUCAACGAGCGUGGCUCUAAGGGCUUCGGCUUUGUCACUUUUGAAAACAGCCAGGAUGCCGACCAGGCACGGGAGAAGCUGAAUAGCAGCAUUGUGGAAGGGAGGAAGAUCGAGGUCAACAAUGCCACGGCCCGUUUGGUCACCAAGAAACCCCCUGCAGCACCUGUGGUGAACGGGUGGAAGAUCAAUCCUGUUGUGGGUGCUGUUUAUGCCCCCGACCUGUAUACAGUGGCUAGUAUCCCUUAUCCCAUGAUGGCCCCAGCCGCCCUGGCCUAUCGUGGGGCUCUCCGAGGGCGUGGCCGAGCCACUAUCUACAAUCCCAUUCGAACAGCACCCACCCCCUCACCAGUUCCAGCCUAUGGCAGCUUUCCGUCUAGCGUGCUGUAUCCAGAUGGUCUCUACAGUCCUGACCUCUAUGGUUACCCUGCCGCUUACCGAGUGGCCCAGACGCCCGCCGCUGCAGCAGCAACGGCAGCAGCCUACAGCGACGGGUAUGGACGAGUCUACACUACCGCUGAGCCCUAUCAUCACGCAAUGACCCCUGCCUAUGGAGUCGGUGCCAUGGCCAGCUUGUACCGCGGAGGAUGCAACCGCUUCACUCCAUAUUGAGGGACCAAGCAAUGGCGCUGAGUGACUGGGAGGAGAUUGUGAGCCAGCAAUCAUCCGUGUGGCAGGAUCCUGCACUGAGAGCCUUCCGCGUGAGAGAGAGUCAGAGCGAGACAGGCAGGCAGACCCUUCUCAUUCGGUCGUACGGAGACACGGGGGACAGCCAGAAUGACACCACUGGACGGUUCUUCCAGCCACAUGAUGACCUUCCAUCAUUACUCUGAAUUCUGAUUUCUUCUGUUAGUUGCUGUGGGGGCAGAGAGGUUGUAGGCAAACCAGAUUCAAAUCCAGGACAACUUUGUAGUGUGUGAUCACAGCUCCUCAGGUGCAGCUCCUGCAGUCCAUGAAACCCACAGGAUAAAAGGACAGCAGGCAGGGGAAAGUAGGGAUGACCUAUCUUCUCUGUGUUGCCUACGAUUGCUAGGCCUCCCACUGGGGCAGGAGACCUUCUGCUGGCAACCCUUUUUGCCUGCUGCCACUCUGAGUGGCAUCAGGAGAAAAAACACUGGCGUCACAUGUGGCAUGAGGUCACUUCCAGGGGAAACCUGGAAGUGAGUCCUGCCACUCUAGGAAUCACCAGAAACUCUG